GCGUAUCCCGGUUAAAUGUUAAAUUACUAUUACGAUAGUAAACAAAACAAGCAAGAGAAUUGUAUUUUACAAUUUUUGCAAGAAAUAGACUGUAUUAUUUAUAGUUUAAUUGUCUGAUAAAUGAGUUAAGUAUUUUCUACAAUUAUGAAUGGUGACAACCAACAAGUACAGUGAUUAAAGUAACUUGUAAUGUGGAGUAUGAUUUCUGGAAUAAAAAUAUGAGAAGGGGAUUAUUUUUCGAGUAAAUUUAAAUUAUUUUAAUGCUAAUUGGUAUUUAUUCAGAUUGAAAGGAUUAUUUUUUAAAGAUAACAAUAUGUUAUCAAAGACUAAAAACAGCACGAGCAACAAUAAGGAAUAUAGCAGUGCAUCUUCUUAUACAUCUACGUCAUCAGAUGAAGAGGUUGAUGCAAGAGAUUUAAAACCAAUUCGAGAUUAUUUGUCUGAUCGUAAAGAAUUAGCUCAACAGCUUUUUAAAUCUGUUAAAUCAGAAAAGAUUCGUCUUAUGUUACCGCAGGCUCUUAAACAUAUGGAUUUAAGUGAACUCGAAGAAUGGUGUGAGAGUGAAUUAAAUGGUAUGUCUAAGGUUCGAAUAUUAUCUAUAUUAAAUGGCAAACCUAUGUUGGAAUCCUCAGACACAAAUGAAUCUUCUGACGAUUCAGGACCUUCUUUAGAAAUCAUUUCUGAUACUGAGGAAUGGUUAACCGAUGACGAUACAGCUAAAAACGAAAAUGGUGGGAAAAGAAAGUUAAAAAGAGAUAAGACAAAAAUUAAAGGAAAAACGCAAAUUAAUAAAAGAAAUAAUUCAAAUAAAUCUAAUGUUAAAACAAAAUGUAUCAUUAAAAGGGAAAAUACAACUGAUGAUGUUAAAAUUAAAAAAGAAGAAGAUAAGGAUAAAGGAAAAGAAGGAGAUAGCUUGUUAGAUUUAUUAGAAUUAGAAAUGCGAGCUCGCGCAAUAAGAGCUUUAAUACGUAAGGAAGAAGAUAUAAUUCCAUCCAUUAAUCCAUUGCAAACAAAUGACAGUCAAACAAUAGAAAAUAGUAUUGGAACAUCUCAAGAUGAAAAAGCGAAAGAGAAUUGUCGCAAGCAAUUAGAAAGAAUUAUUGGUUCUCAACAAAGUAAUAAAAGCGAAGAGGAAGAUGUUGUUUUAGUAAUUCCUAAACCUGCUCCAGUUGUCGAGUUGUUGUCUAGUGACAGUGGUGGAGAAGAAACGCGUGUGAAUCAAGAAAAAAAUGAACAUGCGUUGAGAACUGGAAAAUCCGCGGGCAAUUUAGAUGGAAAUUCUGUUAAAACUAUUUCACAAGAGUUAAAGGAAAGAAAAGAAACUCAAGAAAUGCAUUGUAAUAUAACUAAAACACAUCUAACUAACACAAGCGAAGCAAUAAUGCCUGAAAGAAAUGUAGAUAUAAAGAACAAUGUAUUAUCAAUAUCGAUUUCUGCGGAUAACGUUGCCGAAAGACGAAAAAAAUCGAAGAAAAAGUCACGUGGGAAAUCACAACUUGUUUCUACUGUCACAAACUCUUCAGAGUCAAAACAAAGUAAUAUUAUUGAGAUUACAAAGAAAUCAAAUAAUAAAAAUAUUGAAGCUAAAUUGAGGGUAAAUCCUUCUGAUGAAAACAUAAUUAUUGUUGAAGAAGAAAAUAAAACUGAACAGAAAAUAGCAGAAGAAAAUAAGGUCGAAGAAGAGAGAUCGACAGAUAUAGAUGAUAUUGAUUUAGAUGAUUAUUGCGAAGUUAUGGAAAUAGAGAAUAGCGAUGAAGAUAAGAGUCAAGAUAAAGUUAUUGUUCUUUCUGAGCAAGAAAAUAAGCAGUCUGCAUCUGAAAUUGCUCUGUCAAAGUCUAAUUCAACAGAAACUUGGGCAUCGCGUUAUUAUCAGACUGAUGACGUCCAAAAUGUAAUAAAAGAAUCGAAGAUACAGUCUGAGAUUCGGAAACGAUUGAGGGAACGUCAAAGAUUAUCUAAGCUGAAUAAAUCGCCAAACUUAAAUUCACCAGCGCAGCCAUCAGCAACUGAUACAACCUCAUUUGAGAAAGCCCCAACAGGAUCAGUGGAGGAAUAUUUGGCUUUAAAGCGCGCGUUGAAUGCAAACGUUAGUAACAUUAAUGAUACUGCUACGCAAGUACAAUGUACUAGUGACAUUAAUAAUACUAUCAAAGAAAUACAAUCUACAAGUGACAAUAAUACUACUAUGGAAGUGGAGUGUACAAGUGAUAUUCAUAAUAUUACCAUAGAAAAUAACUCUACAGUUACUAAUUCGAGUAAUGAUAGUAAAGCAAAAGAAAUUUUAGUGCAAGAUGAAAAUAUUUCUUCUCACCAAGAAUGCACAGAUGCUGAUACAGAAAAAACUGUAAUUUCUAAAGCCAUUUCUGUUAGUAAUCUAUCAGAAAUAGUUGCUGAUACAAAAGAUGAUUUACCUAAAGAUGAGAUACCUAAAGAUGAAACUUAACUAAAUUCAUUUAAAUUUUGUUAUUAAUGUAUGAUAAAUACAAGAAUAAGUAAAAGGCUAAUGAGAGUACCGUGCAGAUAUUUUUGUGCAAAGUGAAUUGGAUCGAUUGCCAGAUAAUAAAUUGUUAUUAUUAUUAAAAAUAUUAUUAUGUAUUUUUUGAAAUUUAUCUUACGCUGAUGAUGAUUCCAAAGAGAGUUGAAACGUUUGAGCAUUAUCGGAAUGAAUAAAGGAAUUUUUUGUUUGUGACUGACUAAUUCACUUUAAGCAAAAAUAGCCGCGCGGUACUCUUAUUAGUCUUUUACUUAUUUUUAUUGUAUUAAAUCUUGAGAGUCUUUUACUAAAUAGUUAUCAUAAAUGUAUUUUUGACAAGAUAUUUUUAAAAAAUUACACGGACAUACAUUUAGGAUUCAUAUUUAAGAUAUUUUAAUAUGUUUAAAAAUUGGCAUAAUUCACAUUUAUAUAAAAUAAUACAUAUAAAUAUUACACAUACAAAAUGAAUUUGAGAAUAAUAGAAUUUUCAGAAAAAUGUUUGAU